AUGCCUGCAGAGACACUGCAGAUCUUCCACAGCGAUGGCCGUGCAUCAGAGAACCCAGCAGACUUCUUGAAGUCAUUCAACCGUACAAUGAGACAGCAGUCCAUGACCGUGAGCACCGACAAGCUAGACGCGUUUGGAGAUUACCUAGGCACCAGCUCCCAAGCUGAAAUGUGGUUCAAGAACAUCCCAGUCGCGAGCAAAACCACAUGGACCACAUUUAUCACAGCGUUCGAAGCACGUUGGCCGCCAAUCAAAGUAGUGGAAAAGACGAAUGCAGAGUAUGAAAAGGAGCUUUUAGAUCACACCCUGCAGAGUACGGAAGUUGGGAAGAAGACAAUGCUAUACGACCGGGAAUGCUGGACACACGUUGCAUGGGCAGUGAAGACGUUACAACUAGCCAUGAACACGGGAAUCGCACAGGGCACAUCGAUGAUCUGGCAAGUGCGCAGCAUGUUACCAGACAUCGUCAAGGACCUACUUAAGGACAAGGAAUACAAGGACUGGGCAGAAUUCACAAAGGCAGUUAUGGAGCUGAGGGGGAAUAGAUUGGUAGAGAAACAGGAGCAACAUAACCUGCAAGCACAGGAGCUCAAUGCCCUCAGGAUAGACCUAGCUCGCAUCCGACAACGAGCACCAGUACCCAACCCAGUUGACGCACUCCAAAACCAACUCAGCAGAAUGUCCAUCAGCACGCCAAACCCCCAGACAGCACCCCCAGGCGGUAGUGGAUACAUGAGAACACCGGCGACCCAGAACCAACAGAAUGCACAGCCUACGUACAACCGCAAGCCAACCCCACAACAACCCAUUGCAAUAACAGAUGAAACGAGAACGAACAUCAAGCUCCUCAUCAUGUCCUUCCCCCACCACCCAGACACCACAGCAGGCCACGCAGCACACGCAGCCCAAAUCGUACAAUGGAAUGCGAAGUGGGGGGAGAACACAGGGGUCAUGCAUGAAAUAGGCUACCCGCUCAAACCAGGGACAGCGACAAUAUGCUCAGGAGAAUGUUUCUUGUGCAGAACACACGGACACAACAGCUGUAACUGCGUACUUCCUCCGGGAGAUACAGCACGUCUGGAAAGGAAAGAAGCUGCUUGGAGAGCGGUUUUGAGUAGAGUCUUGGGUGCCUUUAAUCGCUUCACAGCCACGCCAAUCUCACUUGUAUAUGCAUACGAAGACGAGCAGUUUGGAGGAGGAGAACAGAGCGAGGGAAAAGGGGAUGGGUCGGUGUAG